GCUCCAGUUCAACUUUUGCCUUUCACCUGUGAUCCUCCCAGCCUGUAGGAAAGCAGCAAAUGGCCUCAGCACAUCCGUCUCAGGAGCCCGUGAGCUUUGCAGAAGUGGCUGUGUAUUUCAGCAGGGAGGAGUGGGCGCUGCUGGACCCUGCGCAGCGAGCGCUCUACCGGGACGUGAUGCUGGAGACGUACCAGUCCGUGGCCUCGCUGGGUGAGGGCUUUGCUGCCUUUCCUUCUUAUUACAAGGAAGUGUGCCAGAAGAGAAGGCAGAAGCCAUGUGAUGAGUGUGGGAAAAGCUGUGAAAGGUGUUCUGUCUGCUUUAAACACCAGUGCAUUCAUUCAAAGGAGAGACAAUGCAAGUGCCCUCAUUUUGCAAAGCGCUUCCAAGAGAGAUCCACCGUUACGUACCAGCAGAGCAUCCACACGGGAGAGAGACCAUACAGGUGCCCUGAGUGUGGGAAGAGUUUCAGAUGGAAUUCUGACCUUGUUCGCCACCAGCGCAUGCACACAGGAGAGAGACCAUACAGCUGUCCUCAGUGCCCACGGAGCUUCACAAGCAGUUCCCACCUCAGCUACCACCAGCGCAUCCACACAGGAGAGAGACCAUACAAGUGCCGUGAGUGUGGAAAGAGCUUCAUAAAGAAUUCUGUCCUCGUCCGCCACCAGCGCAUCCACACAGGAGAGAGACCAUACACUUGUCCUCAGUGUCCACUGAGCUUUAAAAGCAGUUCCCACCUCACCUAUCACCAGCGUAUGCACACAGGAGAGACACCAUACAGGUGUCCCCAGUGCCCACGGAGCUUUAAAAGCAGUUCCCACCUCGCCUAUCACCACCACAUCCACGCAGGAGAGAGACCAUUUAAGUGUCCUGAGUGUGGGAAGAGCUUCAUAAAGAAUUCUGUCCUCAUCCGCCACCAGCGCAUCCACACAGGAGAGAGACCAUACACUUGUCCUCAGUGUCCACUGAGCUUUAAAAGCAGUUCCCACCUUACCUACCACCAGCACAUCCACACAGGAGAGACACCAUACAGGUGUCCUCAGUGCCCACGGAGCUUUAAAAGCAGUUCCCACCUCACCUAUCACCAGCGCAUCCACACAGGAGAGAGACCUUUUAAGUGCCCUGAAUGUGAGAAGAGCUUCAGAAGCAAUUCUGACCUCGUAUGCCACCAGCGCAUCCACACAGGAGAGAGACCUUUCAAGUGCCCUGAAUGUGGGAAGGGCUUCACAAGGAGUUCUGGCCUCACCUACCACCAGCGCAUCCACACAGGAGAGAGGCCAUUUAUGUGCCCGGAGUGUGGGAAGAGAUUCACAAACAGUUCUGCCCUCAUUCGCCACCAGCGCAUCCACACAGGAGAGAAAACCUACAAGUGCCCUGGAUGUGAGAAGAGCUUCAGGAGCAGUUCUGAGCUCACGUACCACCACCACGUCCACACAGGAGAACUGUGCAAGUGCCCUGAGUGUGGGAAGGGCUUCAAAAGCCGUUCUGACCUCAGCUCCCACAAGCACAUCCACAGAGGGAACCAACCGUAGCAAUCCCCCAAGUUUGUGAGAACCCUCAGAAGCAGUUCCUGGCUCGUGACCUACCCACACAGCCACCCAGGAGACAGAGCCUGCAGUGUGGGAAGAGCUUCAGCUGAGCCCCAGCCUGCUCAUCACCUGUGGCUAUCUGCAGUGAAGAACAUGAUAUGUCCUCCCCUGAGCCAAGGAGGAGCUCUGGAGGUAAAUUAAAUCCUGUUCCCCUUCCUCUCUGUCAUGGGGAUAACAUACAUUGCUCUCUUUCAGCGGGAGGCGCUGUGUUGUGUGGAUGUGCAAAGGAGAGUCCAGAGCAGGACGUGGCACAGCCCCUGGAAACCCUCUGCCCAGUGGCAUAUUUCUGCCAUGCCUGUGCACAUGGAGAUGCCUGGGGAAGUCAUCUCGCUUUCAGAGAAACCCAUUUGCAGGUGAGGACUCAAAGGA